UUCUUCUUCCAACACUCUGCAGUGGCUUUCUGAAUCUGAUCACUCGUUCUUUCUCCCUUUGGCCGUCAGAAAUAGAGACUGAUUCGAUACUACUCCUGCUGCUGCUGCCGCUGCCACAUCUUCUUUCUCUCCCAAUUUGGCUGUGUCGUGUGGGGAAUUCUUCUUCUCUUCCUCAUCAAGAGGUCUUCAGUUUUCAAAACCCACGCUCCCUUUACUGCUCUCUCUCUCUCUCUCUCUCUCUCUCUCUCUCUCAGACUCCGACUCUCAAGUUCCAAUUUCAAGUAGAGAGAGGGGGGGAGAGAGAUCUGCAAAAGAUGGUUGCGUCGACACCAGCCACACCGGCAUCAAAAAUCAGGAGGACCCCUGCAACUACUCCAGGUGGCACCAAGGUUCGCGAGGAAAAUAUACUCGUUACUGUUAGAGUCAGGCCACUAAGCUCCAGAGAACAGGCCGCUUAUGAUCUUAUUGCUUGGGAUUGCACAGAUGAACACACUAUUGUUUCCAAGAACCUAAGUCACGAGCGCCCAAUGGGGCCCUGCACAUUUGAUAGAGUUUUUGAUCCAACCUGUUCAACUCACAAGGUUUACCUAGAAGGUGCCAGGGAUGUCACUCUCUCCGCUUUAACUGGAAUUAAUGCAACAAUUUUUGCAUAUGGACAGACCAGCAGUGGUAAGACUUUUACUAUGAGAGGAAUAACUGAGAAUGCUGUCAGAGACAUUUAUGAACACAUCAAGAGUACUCCGGAGAGGGACUUUACACUAAAACUUUCUGCUCUCGAAAUCUAUAAUGAAACUGUAGUUGACCUCUUAAAUCGUGAAUCUGGCGCCCUCCGGCUUCUGGACGAUCCUGAGAAAGGAACUGUGGUGGAGAAGCUAGCUGAGGAGGUCGUUAUUGAUAUUCAACAUCUAAGGCAAUUACUUGGUAUCUGUGAAGCUCAUAGACAAGUUGGUGAAACUGCUCUAAAUGAUAAAAGCUCAAGAUCGCAUCAGAUAAUCAGGCUGACUAUUCAGAGUAGCCUGCGGGAAAAUAUGGGCUGUGUGAAAUCUUUUUUGGCUAGUCUGAAUCUUGUGGACCUUGCUGGGAGUGAGCGGGCAUCUCAAACAAAUGCAGAUGGAAGUAGAAUGAAGGAAGGUAGCCAUAUUAACCGCAGCUUAUUGACUCUGACAACAGUGAUCAGAAAACUGAGUGGUGGAAGGAAGAACAGUCACAUACCUUACAGAGAUUCAAAACUGACGAGAAUAUUGCAGUCUUCACUAGGAGGAAAUGCUCGAACAGCAAUAAUAUGUACUCUGAGUCCUGCUCUAAGCCACAUCGAACAAUCACGAAAUACUCUCUCAUUUGCUACAAGUGCAAAGGAAGUUACAAACAGUGCCCAAGUAAAUAUGGUAGUUGCAGAUAAGAAAUUAGUGAAGCAUUUGCAGAAGGAAGUUGCCAGACUUGAAGCAGAGCUGCGAAGUCCUGAGCCUCCUCCUUCGUGUUUAAGGACUUUAUUAAUGGAAAAGGACUUGAAAAUCCAGCAGAUGGAGAAGGAAGUGAAAGAGCUGAAGCAUGAACUUGAACUCGAAAGAAGUGCAAAGAAGGAGCCAGCGGGAUUAAACCAAGAUGGACAUUCUAGUGAAGUAUCGAAGUGCCUUCUCCCUUUGCUUAAUAAUGAAAGUAGACCUACACUGGGACCUCAGAAAAGAAAAGCACUUGGAAGGAAGGCAGUGGUGAGACAGUCUGCUACUUCUACAGAUCCAUCCACACUUGUCCAUGAAAUCCGGAAGCUUGAGAUGCUGCAGAGACAGCUUGGUGAAGAAGCUAAUAGAGCACUUGAAGUACUUCAAAAGGAGUUUACUUCUCAUAGGUUGGGUAAUCAAGAUGUUGCUGAAACAAUAUCAAAACUACUUUCAGAGAUAAAGGAUAUGCAAGCAAUUAGUUCUAUUCCUGAUGAAAUUGAGCUUAGAGAUAAAACCAGCCUGAAGGAGGAGAUAACUCGGUUGAACACACAAGGAAGCAAUAUUGCUGCUUUAGAGGAGAAGCUUGAGAAUGUCCAGAAGUCCAUAGACAAACUGGUCAUGUAUCUUCCGAAUGGCGGGGAGACUCCAGACUCCAAGACCCAAAUGAAGAAGAAAAGAAUACUUCCUUUCACCUCAAGCAACGCAGCCAACAUGCCAAAUAUAAUAUGGUCUCCAUGCUCUCCAUUAUCCUCAAGCAAAUUAAUGGAGUGUGAAAUAGAGAACAGGGCCCCAAAAAGUAAUGGGCUUGUCUCUGUGGGGGAUACAUUACAGGGGAGUAAAGCUACUUCACUGAAGAGAGAUGACGACAGAAAUUGUAUUUCAUUGAAGGACAGUGCUUCUGCACCACGAAAAUCCAACACGGUCAAUGUGAAGAAAAUACAGAAGAUGUUUAAGACCGCUGCUGAGGAGAACAUCCGGAACAUCAAGGCUUAUGUCACUGAACUAAAAGAAAGGGUGGCAAAGCUACAGUUCCAAAAACAGCUUUUGGUUUGCCAGGUGUUGGAGCUGGAGGCAAAUGAGGCUGCAAAUGAUGAGGCAGUAGAUAUAGCGGACCAAUCUCCCAUGUCAUGGCCUCUGAUGUUUGGAGCUCAAAGAAAGCAAAUCAUCAUGUUGUGGCACUUGUGCCAUGUUUCAAUUGUACACCGGACCCAGUUCUAUUUGCUGUUUAGAGGAGACCCAGCUGAUCAGAUAUACAUGGAAGUUGAGUUUAGAAGGUUGACAUGGUUGGAGCAGCACUUGGCAGAACUUGGCAACGCAAGCCCGGCACUGUUGGGUGACGAGCCUGCAGUCUCUGUUUCAUCAAGUAUCAGGACCCUGAAGCAGGAAAGGGAAUGUCUAGCAAAGAGGGUGAGCUCAAGGUUUACCGCAGAAGAAAGAGAGGAGCUGUACCUUAAAUGGGAUAUCCCACCAGAAGGAAAGCAAAAGAGGAGGCUGCAACUGGUGAACAGACUGUGGACAGACCCUCUUAACAUGCAGCAUGUGGAAGAAAGUGCAGGGAUUGUUGCAAAACUCAUCGGAUUCUGCGAAUCGGGGGAGCAUGUUAAUGUUACCAGGGAGAUGUUUCAGCUUAACCUUGUAACUCCCUCCGACAAAAAGACAUGGAUGGGCUGGAAUUUGAUAUCUAAUCUCUUGCACCUGUAGCUAGCUAAAGCUGUUCUUCCCCACUUCACUUGUAUCCCUUUUCUUUGUACAUCUCAAAGCUCAAACUCUUCUUCUUGCAUUCAGACUCAGAGUGAAUAAAUAUUAAAAUUUGUUUCA